AUGCCAUUAUCACUGCAGUCAUUUUCUGUCGCUUCUCAGAUCAACGAGAAAGCGAGUGCAUUUUUCUCCGCUAUUGCGAGAUAUCAACAAGUAUGCGGUAAAAAAGGUGAUUACAUCUACACGUUACUGCAUUAUCAGCACAGGAAAUGGCCUGCGCAGCACCGUAAGCUGCUGCAUCUGCUAACGCGUAAAGUAAACCAUUCGGUCGAGUUGCCUGUGCGGCCCACUGUCAUUCAGCUGGAUCAGAAUCUACUUGAACCGUACAUCUUAUUUUCAAAACUGAUGUGUGGAUCACAGCCGGUUCCAGACCUCCAUGGGACAGUAAGCUGA